AAUCUGCCGGUCUGUAUCUUGGAGUGCGCGCCGGUCUGUGUCUGUCCCGGGACCGAGGAAACCCUGUUCCCAAACUGCGCAUUCUCUCAAUUCAACACAUUAUUUGCUAAGCUUUCAGCUUAUGGUGAAUAUCCCGCUCCCCUUCUUUGGGGGGCGGAGGGCUCGUGCGGGCACUCGGACGAGCCCUCAGGAGCCAGCCGCGGACAAACAGGAGCUCAUUCGGCUGCAGAAGGAAGUCGAGACUUUGCGUGUGGCAAAUGAGCAGCUCAAGGAGCAGCUGGCCGCCCGCUCCAUCCGGCUCGGCGAGUACCUGUACAAAUGGAGCGCGGGGGGGCUGCCGCUGCUGGGGGCGCUGGGGCUGGGGGGCCCGGCGGCGGAGUGGGGGCUGCGGUAUGUGCUGCUGCGCGGCACGGGGCUGGCGGCGUACGGCAGCGCCAAGGACACGGCCUUCUCGCCGCGGGACGAGAUCAGCGUGCUGAGCUGUUUCGUGGCGUGGGAGGGGCUGCGUGCGGGCCGCUUCUGGGCCUUCAGUGUGUUUGACUCCGGCGGCUCCCUGCUGCUGGACCUGCCGCGAGUGGCCGAGCGGGUGCUGAAGCUGGCCCUGCCGUCCACCUACGCCUGGCUGCUGGGCUUCUACUGCCUCUUCCACCUCUGGCUCAACGUGCUAGCAGAGCUGACGCGCUUCGGCGACCGCGAGUUCUACAAGGACUGGUGGAAUGCGGCUACGGUGGGCGAGUACUGGAAGCUUUGGAACAUGCCCGUGCACAAGUGGCUGCUGCGACACGUCUACUUCCCAGCCAUACGGGCGGGCAGCAGCAGGUUCAAUGCCAUCCUGCUCACGUUCUUCGUGUCGGCUGUGUUCCACGAGCUGCUACUGGGGGUGCCGCUGCACAUGGUGCGGCUGUGGGCCUUUGCAGGCAUCAUGUUCCAGGUGCCGCUGAUCAUGGUGACGGAGAUGCUGCGCAAGAAGCUCAACAGAGACGAGCUGGGCAACUACAUCUUCUGGAUCGCGUUCUGUGUGGUGGGCCAGCCCGUGUGCGUACUGCUGUAUUACCAUGACUACGUCGUGGGGAUACGGCCCGCGCUGCUGGCGCUACGGCAGGCGGCGGCGGCGGUUGGCGGCGCGGCGGCGGCGGUUGGAGAGGCGGCGGCGGCGGCUGCCGCGGCGGGCGCGGGCGUGGCGGGCACGGUGGCGGCGGGCGUGGGGGCGGCGGCGGCGGCGGCGAUAGGAGGGAUGCUUGGGGACGGCGGGACGGGGGCGGCGGCUGCGGCGGCGGGCGUGGUGGCAGCAGGGAACUGCACGCUGGGUGCUGUCGCGUGCGGGGUAAGCUGAAGGGUGCGUUGCACUGCACAGCACUUUGCAUCAUGUGUAUUACUGUGCUGCUUGGAUUGCGCGCUCGUGCAUUCGGACGAGGAGCAUACUGUGACGUAUGUGUGGGCGCUCCCGAGAGCGGGGGUCGGGUCCGGCGACGUCCGCGGGGCAAGCAAGCUGGAGAUGGAGCGUGUUGGGCCAUGUACGGAUACAGGCAUCUCCCGGGUUCCCCCCUGGAGCCCUGUUUCUGAUCAUCCGGUGGGGUGUGGGACGCGCGGAUGUAUGGCUAGGGUGCAAGCAAAUGCAGGGUUUCCCUGGGUAGGCCGGGGUUGGAUGGCACGCAAGGUCGCAAGGGCACAGGGGGACCAUUGCUAGCUAGGGCGGGGUUGCUAGUCGCGGGGUCAGCAGGAGGUGCGAGUCGCGCCGUCUGACAGUGGGGCAAUAUGGGGCACGACGCUAGCUGCCCCAGCAGUGCAUGCAUCAUCCGUGUGAUGUGUAUGCCGCGGCACGAGACCUGCUAGGCUGCUAUGGGGCCCGCCCGUACGGCUGCGCCUGCUGCCAGGAGCAUAUUGCCUCAGCUGCUCAGCAACGACAACUUCCCGGGGGGGGGGCCGAGGGCCCCGCUAACUCCGAGACCAGGAGAACCUGAAAAGGCCGCAGAUUGUACAAUGUGACCGUGUGUGUGCGAAGGGACAGGGUUUAGGCAGGUUGGCGAGGUCCCGUAGGGUGCAGCUGACGCCCAUACCCCAAGCAGACGGCAAACAAUUUGCAGCGGCAGAGCAGAAGUGCAUGGCUGGUCGAACGCCGGAGUUACUGUACCGACAAGUUGCUGGCUGGCUGGAAGUUUGCUGAUGUGACCGUGUGUUGCUGUUCGCCCCCAAUGGC